AUGGAGAGUCGAUUGGAGACCUGCCUGGAUGGCGCACAAGAUGAUUCUUGGUCUUCUAAUCCUUUCAGACCUCAUGAUCUCAGUCGCUUUCAACAGCUAUGGGACGAUAUCGUGUCAGAGGAACAAGGAACCGUCUCUGACCAUGAGCAGUUCGGUGAUACAAGACAGGGCUCACAUGGGACGGCAGGGGACGCUGGUUUAGACGAGCUGGAAAACAGAGGAUUCGCUCCUGGACCUCCCGAGGCAUUCGCAGACGGUUCUGCGCUUGGAAACUGUCCCUCGACUCAACCACUGAUCGGGGCCACUGCCAUUGAUGGCUGGAAUAGCCUUGAUCUCUUCCCGAGCUCUUCAAUACCUUUUGAACUUGACAUCGGGAAGACGACUAUCGAGUCCACCUGUUCUUCUCCUCCCCAGCAACCUUCAGACCUCCCUUACGCAAUCCCCUUCGCCAAUGAUUCGUGGCCUGCUACAUGUCUAGACACUGCUAUAGACACAUCGACCAUGGUCAACAGCUCGAACCCAUCGUUGCCAUUCAGUGACUUUCAGUUCCCGUCCUUGGACACUGUCAAGAUUGUCGAUCCUCCCGCAAGACCCACAGCUGAUACCGCUUGUGACCUUGGCAUUCUCUCUGCCAACGAAGAUAGAUAUCUUCAUUCCGCAGAUAUCUUUCAAGAUCCCGACUAUCCCUUCACGCUGCCAUUCGCUCGAGAGACUGCAUCAUUCAAAUUUCCUCCUCAAAAGGAAACAGCGGGUGAAAUGAUAUUGCCUGUGGACUCUUGGGUGAGGCAACAACCAACACCAACAGCAACCAAAGACCCGCUGGAGUCAGCUACUCAAAGCUUUAUGACACCGAUACCGAAGACUGAAAUGGUGUUCGAACACAACCCAAACAAACGAAGACGCACAGAGCCCUCUCUACCAUUUGACCACACCUACGGACUCGGCGUAGACCCAUUAUCUCUCAGUUUCAGGUCACGUUCGUUUCCCAGAGGGUCUGAGCCGAAUCACUACCCUAUCCCGAGUCAUUCUCCGAUCACGAGUGGCGGUAUUCUCCCGAAGGCUGGUCUCAGUUCGCCAUUUCAUCGUCGUCGGUCCAGGAUCAAAGAAGGGAGAGUUCAGCCUGCCGUUGCUAUCCAGUCGAUUGAUGAUUUUGAGACGGCCAUGGCUGGAGUCUUACAAACCUUCCAUAAAGACAUGACGGAUCUACUGAACCGUACGCCAAUAGAUGUCCUCUUUCCCGAUGUUCCAUCGGGUGAUACGACCAAGCAGACUCGGAUCGACAAUAUUGCCAAGACCAUCCAGAUGCUCCAAAAGGCCUGUUCGACUCUGAACAAUGGGAAGCGCCCUGGUGCAGAUGAGCGUCGUCGCUCGAGUGUCAUUCAUCUACCUUCACCUCUCGAGACCCCCUACAUUCGACACGCGCAUCGCGAAUCCAUCGCCUCCAAUAUAUCUGUGAAAACGGCCCCGCCCUCGCAUCCCAUCUCUGCCGCCCGUCAAAGCACGGACGAUACGACAGUGGCAAAGCAGGUAAUGAUGCCUCCGAAGCAUGAGUAUCCAGCUGGAUUCUCAAAGCCUUUGAGUACUUCGAAUGCUCUUCCGAUCCCACAACGUCCAGCACCGAUGACGACCUCCAAGGCGGUCGCGAAAACUAUUGCCACCAUUUUGGGAUCCUCUUCAUCUUUGGAUCCAGCCUCUUUAAUCACGGCACUGUCACCAGCCCGUCCAUCUGAUCAAAAGCAGUCCUGUGACUCCGUGUCACCCAUGGCGAAACACGAUUGCGCCGUGCUUCAAUCCACAGAUCAACUAAUGGGACCUUGGCACCGCGUGGAAAUUGAUCGAUUAUGCCACUAUUGGUGGACCUCCAAACAGAAUUGGCUGAUCAAACAAGGUAUCUCCAUACCAGAAUGGUGCGCUGGCAUACCGGAUAAAUUCAAAUUCAACAAGCUUCUGGCUCCGAGUCCAGCGUACCAGGAAAUCAUUCGAUUUGCUUCAGAGUGGACGUCAAGUCGAAGAAUGUCGACGGCGGCGGAGGCAGAAGUGGCACUGCCACCAACCUUGGUUCUGCCGAGGACAGCGAUCUGGGAUCAUGAGGCGACGAAACUCGUCACUCAGUAUCAACCUCUAGCCAGCUUUCUCGGGAGGCAAUCGGCUACCAGCGGCGAUGGGGACGAUAGCAUCGGCAGUGACGGUUUUGAACAAUCUGUUCCUCCAACAUGGCAGCCUGGCAAUGAUGACACACCACGGAACAGGAUCGACGAAGGUGUAGACUGGGAUUGGGUCUGUGCAAACCUAGGUAUUCAGCGAAGCAAGACACAGAUCAUCUUCAGAGCCAUCGAAUGGGGUUUGAAAGGUGACCUGAACGGAUGUUUGGACGCGUUAGAAGCUGCUGACAAUCCACGAUAG